AUGAAGAUCAAGGCCCUCAGCCGCUCGACGGCCUCUACGCAGGCGCCUGGCUCCAGUAUCGCGAAAGUCACGAGAAACCUAGACCCGAACCUCCACCCCUUCGAACGAGCGCGAGAAUACACCAGAGCCCUCAAUGCGACAAAAGUUGAGCGCAUGUUUGCACAGCCAUUUCUCGGCGACUUCGAGCCCGGGCAUGUUGAUGGUGUUUAUUCCUUCGCGAAGGAUCCCAACUCGCUCGAGUGUUUUGCUAGCGGCAGUGGCGACGGUGUCGUGAAGGUGUGGGACUUGACAAGCAGGGAGGAGAAAUGGCAGGCUCAAGCGCACGAGAACCUGGUCAAGGGCAUGUGUUGGACUCAGGACCAGAAGCUCAUUACCUGCGGGUCCGACCGCCAAAUCCAAAUGUUUGAGCCAUACACCCAACCCUCCAAGUCCCCUCCAAAAGCGACCUGGCAUGGCAACGCAGCCUUUACGUCCGUUUCGCACCACCGUUCCCUACCAACCUUUGCUGCUGGUUCCAGCGUAAUUUCCAUAUACGACACGUCAAGAACAUCGGGAGCCCCGGUUUCGAGUCUCGUAUGGCCUUCGGCUAUCGACACCAUCACAGACGUCAAGUUCAACCAAGUCGAGACUUCCAUACUGGCAUCAUGCGCAACCGAUCGAGCUGUCAUCUUGUACGAUGCCCGCACAAACUCUCCUCUACAUCGCACAGUCCUCAACUUUGCGGCAAACUGCCUUGCAUGGAACCCAAUGGAAGCCUACAACUUUGCCGUCGCGUCUGAGGAUCACAAUGGAUACAUAUUUGAUAUGCGCAAUAUGAAUCGAGCGUUGCAGGUCUUGAAAGGUCACGUUGCGGCGGUCAUGUCAAUUGAGUUCUCACCAACUGGAGAAGAGCUCAUUACAGGCUCCUACGACCGCUCCAUACGAUUAUGGGAGCGACAAAAGGGUCACUCUCGAGAUGUCUACCACACCAAGCGGAUGCAACGUGUGUUCUCGGUCGCCUGGAGCCCCGACAACAAGUACGUGCUCAGCGGGUCAGACGAUGGCAACGUUCGUCUAUGGAGAGCUAGAGCAUCCGAGAGGUCUGGUAUCAAGUCAUUCGCGCUACGACAGAAGUUGGCAUAUGAUGAAGCAGUCAAGGAACGGUACAAGCACAUGCCUGAGAUCAAGCGCAUCGACAGGCACAGACACCUCCCCAAGACUGUCAAGAAGGCCGGUGAGAUCAAAGCUGAGGAGAUCAAGUCUAUUAAGCGGAAGGAAGAGAAUGUCAGGGCUCAUUCGAAGAAGGGUUCCGUCAAGCGGAAGGCGGAGCGCGAGAAAAUGAUAUUGGCGAGAGAACAAUGAAGUACGAAGAGGAGGAGGUUUCAUGGUUUUUUCCUGCAUAGCAAUGGCGUUUUCUGGUGUCUGACCUUUUAUGACGAGAAUUUACGGACUCUGUAUGUUUGGUAAAAAGUAUGUAAGGUCAACGGGGGCUUUCAAGUAUGGUUGUUAAGC